GCAAAUUCUCACCACUCUUCACCAUUACGAUUUAAACUCAUUUUACAUUUUCCCUAGAAGACUUGUUUGAUUCAUAAUGGCGGAAGAAAAGAUUUCCGUUUAUCCUGAUUACGACCAUGAUCCCAAUAUCAAACGUCAUGACUUUCCUUCUGAUUUCAUGUUUGGAGUAGGAACAUCUUCUUAUCAAAUUGAAGGUGCUUGGAAUGCAGACGGUAAAGGGUUAAAUAUUUGGGAUUGCCACGCUCUAAGACACCCUGAAAACAUCGUUGAUGGUUCAAAUGCAUGUGUUACUAUUGAUAGUUAUCAUAGAAUGAAGGAAGAUGUUCAAUUGUUGAAGAAAAUGGGUGUAAAGUAUUAUAGAUUCUCGAUUUCCUGGUCCAGGAUAUUACCAGGUGGAAAAGUAAGUAUGGGCAAAAACUUGGAAGGCAUCAAUUACUACAACAAAUUAAUUGAUGAGUUAAAAGCUAAUGACAUUGAGCCAUUUGUCACUCUUUACCACUGGGAUCUUCCAAAUGCAUUGGAAGAAGAAUAUAUGGGUUUCUUAAGCUCUAAAAUUGUCGACGACUUUGUGAAUUAUGCGGAAAUAUGCUUUUGGGAGUUUGGAGAUCGGGUGAAGAACUGGGUGACGAUAAAUGAGCCAUACAGAAUCAUCUACGGUGGUUAUGUAAAAGGUAAUUAUGCACCCGGUAGGGGUGGAAAGAACCAAGAUGGUGACCGCGAAACAGAGCCAUAUAUUGUAGCAUACAAUCUACUCAAUUGUCAUGCAGCUGCUUAUAGAAAGUAUGAAGAAGAUUUCAAGGAUGCUCAAAAAGGUAAAGUGGGAAUCUCUCUUGACACCAGCUUUUUCAAGCCUUUUCGUGGUAAUGGUAACAAAGAUGAUGUCAAAGCUGUGGAGUAUGCAUAUGACUUUAUGCUUGGAUGGUUUAUGGAGCCAUUAACAAGCGGUAAUUGGCCGAAAAACAUGCAAAAAUUCGCCACUACUCCAUCACGUCAUCACCCACAAGGUCGUUAUUUGCCUGUAUUCACCGACGACCAGAAAAACAAGUUGAUACAAUCAUAUGAUUUUCUGGGACUAAACUAUUACACUGCCGAUUACGCUCAAAUCCACAAUUCUUCUAGUCUUUCUGAAGGAUUUCUUGAUGAUUGUCACUAUAAAGCAUCAGGAACUGAUCCCAACGGAAACGAUAUAGGAGAAGCAGCUUUUAAAGGAUCAUGGGUGUAUCUUUGUGCCAAUGAGCUCUUUCUUCUCUUGGAACACAUUAAGAAAACGUACAAACUUGAAAAACAUAUCAUAGUAACUGAGAAUGGAGCUCCUCAGCAAAACGAUAACCAAAAAACUAACUAUGAACAAGCUCGAGAUGAUGCAUUUCGACUCAAAUACAUCAAAUGGCAUCUUGAGGCCAUCAGAAGGGCUAAUAAUACUUCUCGGCUGUUGACCUCCGAAAGGACGAAGCCUUUGGUUAUGGGGUACUUUGUGUGGUCAUUCACGGAUAGCUAUGAAUGGGGUUCAGGGUAUACUCUUCGGUUCGGUAUGAACUAUGUUGAUUUCAAGAACAAUCUCCAUAGGUACCCUAAAAAGUCAGCACUUUGGUUCAAAAAGUUUCUUUCCGAAAAGAAAUGCAUCGAACCCCGCAAAAGAAGUCUAACCAACGUCGAGCAAGAAGACGAAGAUGUCAAUGGUGCACUAGUCAAACCAGAACAAGAAAUUGAAGUGGUUCAAAAACUUAAAAAAGCAAAAACAUGAAAACAACUUUAAAUGAAUCCCAAGUUAAUUGUGCUCCUUAAAUUUGUUUUUCUUAGCCAUUGAUCUUGUCUAAAUAAGAUCACAAAUAUGUGAUCAUAAUAAUUGUCUACUUGACAUCAGAACAAAUUACUCUUGGAUGUUUCUGAGCUAAUCUAUAAUUUCCUUUUUGAGAUUAAA